AUGGCUACCCCUAGUGUUCUUACCUUUGAUACUGAGGGUCGUGCUGUUGACUUUGAGGUCUGGGUCGAUGACCUCCAGCUGUUCCUACAGUGCGAUAGGGCAGACGGACUCUCCUUGUUCGAUCUCACCUCUGGUGCCUCCCCUGCCCCGCCUGCUACUGCUGACAGCACUGUUCGCUCUCAGUGGGCCACACGCGAUGCUGCUGCACGUCUUGCUGUGUGUCGCCACUUACCGACCACUGAGCGCGCGCACUUUAGCCAGUACAAGAGUGCUCAGACCUUGUACGACGCUGUAGUUGCACGCUACUCUUCCCCUGCCACUGCUGCACUGAGCCGCCUCAUGCUACCGUACCUCUUCCCUGACCUUGCUGCCUUCCCCCCAGGCGCUGACCUCAUUACGCACCUCCGCACUAGUGACACUCGCUACCGCGCUGCGCUUCCUGCUGAGGACCACUUCCUCUCAGUCUGCCCCACCACACUCACCGUUGACCUCCUCGAGGAGCGCCUCCUAGCAGCAGAGAAGAGCAUAGUCGCUGUAGGAGCCUCUCGUGGUGACCCUCGCACCCCCAUCUUUGAGGGGUGUUCCCCUUCCCCCCUCUUGCCCUCUGUUGCUUCUGCUGCUGCGGCCGACCUCGUUGGUUUCGAGUCGGUCGGCGCGGCGUCUGCCCCUAGCAGGAGACGCCGCACCAGCAAGGGCAAGGGGGGCAAGGGCACUGGAGGGGCUGGCGAGGGCGGUGGAGGUGGUGGUGGAGGCAGUGGAGGGGGUGGGGAUGGUGGUGGGAGUGGUGGCGGGGGUGGAGGUGUCGGUGGCAGCAGCGGAGGCUGCGGCAGUGGCGGAGGGAGCGGAGGCGGCGGAGGUGGCAGAGGCGGCGGAGGUGGUGGAGGCGGCGGAGGUGGCGGAGGCGGCGGCGGCGGCAGCGGUGGAGCUGGUCGUGGCUCUGGGCAGAGGAGUGGGUCCGGUGGUGGUCACCGCCAGCAGCAGCAGUGCAGUCGUGAGACCCUGUCCCCUCAGCAGCUUCGUGAGUGGUACGGUGGGCGUCAGCGAGGUGGGGGUACUGGUCCCUGCACCUACGUCCUCCGUACAGGCGACCGUGCUGGUCAGCAGUGCGGGGGCCCGCACUCCACCCAGCGCUGCUUCGGCCGCCUGACGGACGCGUGGCGUCACCAGUUCUCUGACGCCACUGAGAUCCAUCGCUGGGACGUUCUGUCUAGGGCUGGGGUUGCUAUCUUUGAUCUUGAUUAUGAUGCUAUUCUUGCUGCCAUGUAUGCUGUGUCUACUAGUGAUAAGGGUGACUGUUACGUGUGUGUUCCGCCUGACCCGGGCAUUGAGGCUGCUGCUCUAGGUGCUGGUGAGGCUGCUGCUCUAGGUGCUAGUGCGUCUGCUGCCCCAGGUGCUGCUGAGUCUGCUCUCUCAGGUACUACGUCGGCUCAGGCCUUGCACACCUUCACCCUUGACUCAGGUGCUUCCCGCUCCUUCUUUUGA